AUGUCUGGUGGCGGUGGUGGACGUAAUGAUUGUAGAAUAUACGUUGGAAAUCUUCCUCCAGACAUCCGUACCAAAGAUAUUCAGGAUCUGUUCUUUAAGUUCGGUAAAGUGUCAUUUGUUGAUUUGAAAAAUCGACGCGGUCCUCCAUUUGCCUUUGUGGAAUUUGAGGAUCCGAGGGAUGCCGAUGAUGCUGUACACGCAAGGGAUGGAUAUGAUUACGACGGCUACAGACUCAGAGUGGAGUUUCCCAGGGGUGGUGGGGGUGGCAGUGGUGGCGGCGGCGGCGGUGGAGGCGGAUUCAGAGGCGGCCGAGGUGGUGGUGACAGAGGCAGGAGCUCCAGGGGACCACCAGCUCGUAGAUCGCAAUUCAGGGUUUUAGUUACAGGACUACCGCCUUCAGGAUCAUGGCAAGAUUUGAAAGAUCAUAUGCGAGAGGCCGGCGAUGUAUGUUUUGCUGAUUCCUUCAAAGAUGGUUCUGGGGUUGUUGAAUUUUUGAGAUACGAAGACAUGAAAUAUGCCAUAAAAAAGUUGGAUGAUUCCAGAUUUAGGUCUCAUGAGGGUGAAGUAUCUUACAUCCGUGUGAAAGAAGACAAGGGAGGCAGCGAGAGAAGAUCCGGCGGCAGAUCGAGAAGUCGUUCUUUCUCACCGAGAAGACGAGGUUCGCCGACGUACAGUCCAGUAAAAAGGAGUUUCUCUAGAAGCCGAUCACGUUCAUAAUUUCGGUCUGUUCAUUCUCGAACUGGAUAUUAUGUACGUAUAUAUUACUACCCUCAAUAUGUUUUGA